AUGCGUGAGCCUGCCUUUCUCGCACAUUCCAAUGAACUUGGUGUCUUGUCGGUGGAGUUUUCAGGCGGACAGACAAAAUUUGGGGUUGACUCGGGACCCUCAGCUCUAAUUUCUUGCGGGCUCCUCGCCCAGCUACAGGAUGAAUUAGGUUACAAGCUCUUCCUCGAUAAUGUCUCAUGUCGUUACAAUGAUCAGGUACUGGCCGAUGAGUCCAACUUUCGUGGCAUGAAGAACCCUCGUGCAGUAUCCGCCGUCACAAAGGAACUAUCAGAAAAAGUCUAUACCCAGGCCAAAGAAGGAAGAUGUGUGUUAACACUCGGUGGAGAUCACAGUAUAGCGAUUGGAACUAUUUCAGGGUCUGCAAAAGUUAUUCGCGAGAGGCUUAACAAAGACUUGGCGGUUAUCUGGGUUGAUGCUCAUUGUGAUAUUAACACACCUGAAACGAGUGAAACUGGAAAUAUUCAUGGCAUGCCAGUUGCUUUCCUAACGGGCUUGGCCAGAGAAGAGAGGCCAGAAAUCUUCGGAUGGCUACAAACUGAUAAUCUAAUCAGUACCAAAAAUCUAGUUUACAUCGGCCUUCGCGAUGUAGAUAAAGCAGAGAGACUAAUACUCAAAGAGCACGGUAUCAAGGCAUUCAGCAUGCAUGAUAUUGAUCGUCACGGUAUUGGGAAUAUAAUGGACAUGGCCUUGGGAUAUAUAGGCAGCGAGCAUCCUAUCCAUCUCUCUUUUGAUAUUGACGCAAUUGACCCUAUGUGGGCCCCCAGCACUGGAACGCCAGUACGCGGGGGACUGACCCUUCGCGAGGCCGAUUUCAUAGCUGAAUGUGUACAUAAAACAGGCAGCCUUGUUUCUAUGGAUAUGGUCGAAAUAAACCCAAAAUUAGACGCAGGAAAUGAAGAUUUUGGGGCCCACCAAACUAUCCGAAGUGGCUGUUCCUUAAUUAGAUGUGCCCUGGGAGAGUCUCUCCUUUAA